ACCGCCCCCUAUCAGAAGACUGCCAGCUCCCACUACAUUGGCUGGGGGAGGUCACAUGGUGUCAGAAGACUGCCAGCUCCCACUACAUUGGCUGGGGGAGGUCACAUGGUGUCAGAAGACUGCCAGCUCCCACUACAUUGGCUGGGGGAGGUCACAUGGUGUCAGAAGACUGCCAGCUCUCACUACAUUGGCUGGGGGAGGUCACAUGGUGUCAGAGGACUGCCAGCUCCCACUACAUUGGCUGGGGGAGGUCACAUGGUGUCAGAGGACUGCCAGCUCCCACUACAUUGGCUGGGGGAGGUCACAUGGUGUCAGAAGACUGCCAGCUCCCACUACAUUGGCUGGGGGAGGUCACACGGUGUCAGAAGACUGCCAGCUCCCACUACAUUGGCUGGGGGAGGUCACACGGUGUCAGAAGACUGCCAGCUCCCACUACAUUGGCUGGGGGAGGUCACAUGGUGUCAGAGGACUGCCAGCUCUCACUACAUUGGCUGGGGGAGGUCACAUGGUGUCAGAAGACUGCCAGCUCCCACUACAUUGGCUGGGGGAGGUCACACGGUGUCAGAAGGCUGCCAGCUCCCACUACAUUGGCUGGGGGAGGUCACACGGUGUCAGAAGGCUGCCAGCUCCCACUACAUUGGCUGGGGGAGGUCACAUGGUGUCAGAAGGCUGCCAGCUCCCACUACAUUGGCUGGGGGAGGUCACAUGGUGUCAGAAGACUGGCAGCUCCCACUACAUUGGCUGGGGGAGGUCACAUGGUGUCAGAAGACUGCCAGCUCCCACUACAUUGGCUGGGGGAGGUCACAUGGUGUCAGAGGACUGCCAGCUCUCACUACAUUGGCUGGGGGAGGUCACAUGGUGUCAGAAGACUGCCAGCUCCCACUACAUUGGCUGGGGGAGGUCAAUGGCAAUCCAAAAUGAUACAGUUGUCACCAGAACAGAGAGAGGUGAAUUCCUCCUAUGGGGGAUGCCCUUGGGUGUCUGGGACAGGAUGUGA